CCCGGAGCUUGGUGGUGGUGGUGUACUGUGUUGUUCUCGGGAUUUAACUUUGGAUUAUUCAUUUGUCAGUACAGGUGUUCAUGGGCGUCACAGAUGGCAAGAGCAGGUGUGUGACAUCAUCUCCAGUACAGGUGUUCAUGGGCGUCACAGAUGGCAAGAGCAGGUGUGUGACAUCAUCUAAUUAAGUCUGGCAAGUGUCACCAGCUGAACAAUGAUGGCUCCCCUAAGACGUGUCAAGCUGACUGAGUUAAAUGCCCACUUAGUGUGUGUACUGUGCUCUGGGUACUUCGUUGAUGCCACCACCAUUAUCGAGUGCCUACACACCUUCUGCAAGACAUGCAUCGUUCGCUACCUCCAGACUUCAUCAUUCUGUCCCAUUUGUGAUGUACAGGUUCACAAGACUAAGCCACUCAUGUCCCUGCGUGAGGACCGAACACUACAGGAUGUUGUGUUUAAGUUGGUUCCUGGACUGUUUCACUCUGAGAUGAACAGACGAUUUUGCUUUUAUAAAGAACAUCCUGAAGCUGGCGGUGACAAGACGGAACAAAGUUUGAGAGAACGUCGUCACUUCUUCCACGUGGAUGACCAGAUCUCCCUGUCGCUAGAGUACCUUCACUCGACCCCUUCACUCUCUCAUUCCCACGUCCACUCUCACAUUAUGAAGCCCCUGAAGGUUAAUAACGGCCAGCAGGAGAAGCAACAGAAGGCGGGGGGUGAGGAAGACAAGGAUGGACUCACGGGAAAGAUGGAAAUAAAGAAGGACAACGGAGGUGACGAACAGGAAGUGAAAGGUGUCAAGAUGGUGCACAAAAGGUACCUGAGAUGCCCAGCAGCUGUGCAGGUGUCCCACCUUGAGAAGUUCAUACGCCUCAAGUACAGUUUGGCAACAAUAACUCAUAAGGUUGACAUCAUGCACGGUGGUGACUGUUUGGUUGGUGAGUUAACUCUACUAGAUGUAGUAUACAUGUAUAAGUGGACAGAGGAUGCUCCCCUCCGCUUGAUGUACACAGUAACUGCUAUUCCUCAGUCGCGCAAGAGACCUCGACUAAAUGGCACUCGAGCUUCAAUUACUGUUGACCCUGAAGCUCCUGCCCCCAAGAUUGCCAGAACUCAGGGUCCUGGUGUUAACCACACAGCCCACCUUCAGGCACCACCCAAAGGACAAGAUGACAGCGAGGGAUCAGCACUGGCCACGGUUAAAACUGGUGACCUGAAAAUGGAGGUAGAUGUACCAAACCAGGUUGAGGAACCUUUUAGUACCUCAAAUACUGUUGUUAAUAAUAUCUCAAGUACUGUGAAUGUGACUCCAGCAGCAUUAUCUGUGUGUCCACAGACCCUCCCAAGUUUUUCUAACACAAGUCUUGUUGGUAAGAGCUGUAGUAGUGGUGUCUCUGGUCCCACCAGGGGUCGACCUGCUCUUACUACCACAACUCCAGCAACAACUACACCUAGAGUAGCUCUAACACGCAUACCUUCACCUGUCAACCCCCUUCCAAAUGCUUCUGUUCCUGUACCUAUAAGUGAACCUGUCAUGACCUCACACACCACCAUCACCCCAUCACUCACCAUGACUAGUACCACUAUGACUACCUCACACACUUGUCCCAGUACUACAUCAACCACAGGUGCAAGGAUGCAGAUGCCACACUCUAAUAUAAGCAACACAACAGAGACUGCAGCACUCAAGUCAGUGUGCACAUCAGGAUCAUACCCGAACAAAAUGCCACAACCAAUUAUACCUACACGCCCUCGAUUGGGACGACCGCCAAAUUCGUCUCGCAUAACUGCCGCUUCCAUGAAGCCGCCAACCCCAAGGUUGGGAGACGUGCGUAAUCCACGUCCACCACUAACAGCGGGGAAGAAACUCUCCCCAUCAGGAGGUGCAGGUUCUCGGGGCAACCAGAUGGUGUCUGCCAGUCUGACUGUACAGAGUCGUCUGAGCAGCAUCAGCGGGCCGCCUGUUAAGCUGGGUGCUACCAAGGUGUCCGUAAAGAGAUCAAAUGAUGCGCUCAAAGAUAGUGGACAGACUCUUAAUCAGCCAGAAGAACAAGCUACAAAAGCCCAACUUCCGUGUUCAACAGCUAACGUGUCCACAACCACACAAGUCUCACAGACUACCCAGUGCCCCACAAGCAAGCAGUCUGCUCCCUGUACUCCCAGCAGUAGUCCUGCCACACCAGCUGCCCAGGAGCCUGAAGCAUCUGUCACCCCACUUGACACUCAAACUGCUCAGGGAAACUCUAAUGUGCAAAAAGUGCAGCAGACUGCUACCACACAGGCUGGCCAACCUUCUGAAAACCAGACCGCUCAACGGCUGCAGGGAACUACACCCACUCAGCGUGCCACCACCCAGGCCACUCAAAGACCUGUUUCUCAAGCCAAUCAACGACCCAAUUCUCAGGUCAAUCAACGUCCACCUGGUUCUCAGGCUAAUCAGCGUUCUGCUGCAGCCGCUCAGACCAAUCAACGUUCUCCUGGGACUCUCGUUGCUCAGCGACCCCCUGGAACUCAGGCCAAUCAACGAGUAUCUGGCACUCAGACCAAUCAGCGUUCUCCUGGUGUUCAAGCCAAUCAGCGACCCGUCACCAAUAUUAGUCACCAGUCCCCUAAUACCCAAGCCAACCAACGGCAUCCAGGCCCACAGGUGACUCAACAGCCUCCCAACACCAAAGCCAACCAGCGGCCAUCAGGUAACCAGAGUGCUCAAAACUUCUCAGCUGGCAACACUAUGCAAAAACCCGUCAAUCAACGUCUUACCAAUACUGUUAAUGCACUACGGCCAACAGGCGUCUCACUAGGCCAGAGAUCACCCGUUAACUCCAUAUCCCAGGGCUCCACUGCACCUGCCUCUGCACGCCCACCUGGUAGUCCAGCACCUCACAGACAGCCAGCCAGUCCAUCACCUCACAGACAGCCACCUAGCCCAGCACCUCACAGACAGCCACCUAGCCCAGCACCUCACAGACAGCCACCUAGCCCAGCACCUCAUAGACAGCCACCUAGUCCAGCCCCUCACAGACAGCCACCUAGCCCAGCACCUCACAGACAGCCACCUAGCCCAGCACCUCACAGACAGCCACCUAGCCCAGCACCUCACAGACAGCCACCUAGCCCAGCACCUCACAGACAGCCACCUAGCCCAGCACCUCACAGACAGUCAAGCAGUCCAGCGCCACAGAAGCAGGCUGGUAACAUGACCCCUCGUUCACACAACACAGUAACAACAUCAGUUGGUGGGUCCACACCCUCGCCAAGAUCAACACCUUCACCCAGGACCACAUCGUCUUCGCCUUCAACGCCCACUGUCUCAUUUACACCAAGUAACAGAGAGAUGGUGCCAGUUUCCAGUCCAAUGGCGAAUUCUAACACUGGUGCUGGACAAAGUACAGCGAAUAAUACUGUGUCUAGCGGAAAGUCAGCUGGGUCCAAGCCUAGUGUGACCUUUACACAAGCACGCUCCACUCCUACUAACUCAAGUGCCAAAGGCCCUCCCGGCAAAACUCAGUCUACUGCAGGAGUGAAGGCCUCACCCAAGUCCCCAGGACGAGGCCGUGGCAACACCGGCUCUCCCAACAUUCUCAGUAUAGCUCAGUCUCUCGCUAGUCGGCAGUUACAACAACGUACUAUGGCGCCACCAACAACCACAAAUAACACCAUAACCAAUACCACUAACAUUGGUUCAACACACCAGGCCUUCACGAGCACAGCCCCCAACUCACCCAUGUAUCCAAAUACCAUGAGCGGAGGACUGGUCCCGCCAGCACUGGCAGCAGCAGCUUAUAUGGCCUCAGCUUAUGGUGACCCUUCAGCCCUCACGGAUGUAACUGCUAUGAGAAAUCUCAUCACACUAAGCCAGACGGCUGCUUGCAUCCGGGAGUUCAACCUCGCUGCCAUGGUGAAGGCAGCAGAGACACUACCUCGUCAAUCGGACCCCACCCCCAUGGACCUCUCACCCACGUCUAAAGCUGCGCCACAAACACCACUGACCAAUGGUCGUGCUCACACCUCCACUGCUGCUGUGUCCACCAGCACCAAGACAACCCCUUCCAGCACCUCCAGAUCCCCAUCAUCCAAAAUGGCACGUUCUGCCGACACUUCAUCUGCACCUACAAUAUCACCACCUACACCUGAAGUUACCAUCACCAAACUUCCCAAUACACCCGCCUCGACCUCCUCCUCUACCUCGACUACGGGAACAGGGAAAAACACACUAGGAUCGAUGAAGCUUGGUUCUACCAACACCAACACGGUCUCCAUCACUAAGCGACCAGCAUCUAACAAUAGGAUCGCUGUGGCCAAGUCUCCCGCUAAUGCCUCUGUUCGACAGAUUCCUAACCCGUCCUUUCUGAGGCAUCAUUCUGAAGCUCGUAACAACAACAAUGUUUCCAAGUCUACAUCGCUGCCAUCGGCCUCUACGUCUAGUUCUUCCCAAGCCACCACAUCCAAGACUCACACAUCAGGCGGUGGUGGACGAGCCACUGGCAACUCUCCUCUGAAGGAAACUGGACCUUUACCAGAAACAUCAUCUAUACUGAAGAUUGAGCACCUCACCAGAUCACUGGCUGCACCUGCUGCUGCCGCCGCCGCCGCCGCAGCCGCUUCUCACGCAUAUAGGUUCUUCGAUGAUAGAUAGGGAAGGGUGGCGUUAGAGAAAAAUAUCUCUUAUGAAGAGGAAUGAAUCCAGUAAAAAUAUAAAGACUUUAAAGAGAUAUAAGGGUCAGAUGUUACUGUGUUGCGAGCAAAUGACUGUUGUAUACAUUAUCCCCGCCGCUCGGUGUUCAAGAGGCCUCACCUCACAGUGCAGUGCCACAACCUCCCUCUUGGAAACACCAACACCUCUCAAUAUACGACAUUUUUACUCUAGUGCAUGAGAUGACUUGUGAGAGCUCACUGAUGGCUGUUGUCUACAGUCACAGAAGACAGUUGUAGUGGGUAGUAAAGUAGACUAUUGGAGCUCCCGUCCGGUACCGUAUACGGUGACGGAGUUGUGUGACCUGCGUCCUCACUGUACAGUAUACGGUUCACCUUGAGAACCACGGACAGGCAGCUCUUACACUGACACAUAUAAUUUCUAACUUCGCAGCUGAAGUGACUGGUUCUCACCCCUAUUGAACACUUCACAUUGUACAUGGGAAUAUGUAUAUUCAUUUAUGUUGAAAACGUGAAUUCUUAUUUUAUUUAAAUACUUGACACGGGGAGACAGUGUUGAGCCUUGAGUGAGAGUUAAUACCAUGUAUCUAAACAGUGCCGCAACCCAGUGCCUUCUUGAUGGUUUGUGGAGGGACCAAGUUGUUAACGAGAGGACGGGUGUGUGAGGUGAAAGAUGACCACGUUCAACAAGUCCUUCACUCGGAUACAAUAUAAAGACGUCCUUUUAUAACCGUACAAAUGUAUCUGUGACGAAAACAAUUUUGUAUUUACUUUUCAAUUUACUAAAGGAGUGACGCAGAAAGGUAACGCGUGUAAAUGUCACGUAUAUACAGUACUGCACCUUGUAAACAAAGCUACUGGGGUAGAUUAUGGCAUGAAGAGUGUGGGAGGAAACCAUUAUUGACCACAGGUUCCAAUAAUGUCAAUAAAUGCAUAGUUUUACCGUUCUUCAAUAUACUUCUUAAAUAUGCACUAAUUGAGGGUUUAAUCUUCAAAAUCUGUGUUAGCGAUGGUUUAACACUACACUAUAAACUUAAGGCGGUGUUUUAUCUUCACAUUAAUGGGUAUAUAUAACAAAAUAAGUAGAUACGUGUACAUUAAUUCUGAUGGUGAUGUGGACGUUGCCGGUGAUGACGGACCAACGUAUAAUGUUGAGUUAUUCUAUUCAGUCGUUCCUCUGCACCAUAACGGGCCUUUACAAGUUGCUCAUGCAUAUCAAAGUGUGUUAGGCCAUGCUCACGGUAGGGCCUUAUAUUUUUAUUUAAUUUGUCAAAGAUAAUUAUUAUGACUUACAUAACGCAGGUAAAGAUGUAAUAAGCGAAUUGUUAUGUGCGUGUUUCUCUUCUCAGACAAGAACUGUAACUGUCCGGUUUUUUAAUAGAUAUAUUUUGUAAAUUUUUUAAAAUGAAAGUUUUGUGUUGAUCUUCGGUGAGUAGAUUUUAAGUCGUGGAUUUGAAUAACAAGUUCAAAUACCCAUAGAUAGAUUUAUAUAUACUGUAUAUGUUUGUAUAUUAAGAUAAAUGUGUGUGUGUCCUUCACCAAUUAACAUGUAUAUAUUCUUGUAUAUAUGACGGGAUAUGUAGAUAAUUUUCAAAUACAUAAAAUUAUUGUAA